AUGGUCGUCAUCAUCGACACCGCUAUCAAAUUACUCACUGAUUCUUUAUUAAAUUGUUCAACUGUUAUCAGAACUCCACCAGCUAAAGAGUUUCUCAGUCGUAAGUUAACGAAAUGUCAACAAAUUUAUUGGGCUUUGAUUUUUAGUGCUGUAGACAUAAGUUAUGGUUAGAAAUUAAAAUUUUUUUGAAAGUUUUAUUGUUUGUCCACUAAUGAAGAUAUGUGACGAAAUGUCACAAAAUUUAUCGACUUAUCGUCUCAGCUAAAAAUAACGAGAAAAUUGAAAUUUCAAACCUAGAUUUAUAUUAUUUUCAAUUUUUUCAAUUAAAUUAGUUAUAAAAUGUCAUGUAAUUUAUAACUCAUUUAAUUAUUGUCACCAAUUUCAGACCUCAGCGCAGAAUAUGUCCUAGCACUAAUAGUAGCAACAUUAUUGAAUUUACUGACUAUUGGUUUAUUCAUUGUACAAUUCCGAUAUGUUGGUACAUAUGUCACAAACCCAUACCGACGAGCAUUCGUACUAUAUUUGGCUGGUACUGCGCCAUUCAUAUCUUCAUUUGCUUUAGUGUCAAUGUUCAUGCCUCGAGUCUGGUUUUUGGCUCAUUUACUCAGCUUUUUGUGAGUUUACUAGGUUAUUCUUGUUCAUAUUGAAAUUUUAGACUUCUGGGCCCUUUCACUUAUAACAUAUGCUUAAAGAGGAGCACAGAAUUAUUUAAAUAACCUAGUAAAAUCAAUAGAAAUAUACAAUUUAUAAUUUAUUUUUACUCCAGCUACUUCUCAAUAGCUCUGUACGUGAUUAUAUGUUUACUUCUUCACAUUGUCGAUGGUCGUCAAUCCAUGGUGAAAAAAAUGACACAGAGUUCGGCUAGUUUCAGUGUUCAAACACCUCCAUUUUGUUGUAUUUUCCCUUGUUUGCCUCAAUUACCGGUAGAAACGUAAGUUUCCUUAAAUGAAAAAUUUUUUAAAUUGUAAGUCUCUUACCAUCAGACGCAAGUUUUUAAAUAUUGUACUUUUAAAUUUAUUUUUUGUUAAUAAAGUGUCAUUUCAGGAAAAAAGUCCGCUUUUGUGAGAUUAUGGUUAUGCAGACUUCAAUUGUACGGUUAAUAUUUACAAUUAUCAGUCUUGUUUUGUAUUUUGAAUAUUUUGAAGAAUCAUUUAUGUGAGUUUAAAAUUUUUAUUAUUUAAAUUUUGUUUAAUUUUACAAUUUAAUAAAACUUGUGUUAAUUUGUUUGAUUUCCAAUACUUUUCGUGACAUUUCGUAAAACUGUGUAUUUUUGUAAAAAAUUCAAGAAAAGCAAAGUUUUUUGGGUAUAGUUGAUAUAUUUUGUCAUUUUGCUUUUUCAAUAAUUUUUGUGGCACUACGUCAAAUUUCCAAUAGUUUUUGUGACACUUCGUCAAACCUUGUUUAUUUACGUAAAAAUUCAUUAAAAAUCGUGUUUUAGGAAUAUUUUAUAAAUUUAGUCAUUUUUCCUUUUCCAAUAAUUUUUGUGACACUUCGUUAAAUUAUCAAUAACUCAUUUUAUAUAUAAACUUUCAGAGUUUUAAAAGUGCUCGACUUUAUCUCAUUACCAUCACUUUUACUCGGGAUUUACGGUUGUCACAUCCUUGUGAAUACAGUGUCAAGAUUGGACGAGUUAUGUCCGUUUAGGUAUAUUGUAGUAUUUCGUUUACUCGACAUCUUCUUUGCUGUGUUUGGUCUACAACAACCAUUGUUCGACUUUCUGGCACGAGCUGGAAUCUUCGGUUGUGGAGAUGUUUUGCCGGCUUUGGAAACUGCGUUUUGUAAGUUUGGGUUAUUGUAACAUAACAUACUAGAGGCUACUUGUACGGGUUGAAAUAGGGAAGGUAGAGUAGAGUAGUGUAGGGUAGGAUAAGGGAAGGUAGGGUAGGGUUUCAAAGGUUUAAUUAGAAAAUAUAAAAUAUCAAAUAAUAUUUUUAGUCUGGAAGAACAUGGCGACCGUAGUAGAGUCGUUGAUCGUAUCAAUAAUCUCAUCGCUUCUUCUGAAGCCUUCAAGAAGCGCUUUAUUCGACAAAUACCCAAGUUGUCGUUCAGUUAUGUCAAUGUCGACCAUUGAAACUAAUGCCGAAUGCUAA